GUGCAGGCGAUUUGGAUUAUUACUGGUUGGAUCCUGCCACGUGGCAUAGCCGGGAAACAUCGCCUAUUAGUUCGCAUCCUGUAACGUGGCAACCAUCUAAAGAGGGGGACCGAUUAAUUGGACGUGUUAUUCUUAACAAGAGAACAACCAUGCCCAAAGAAUCAGGUGCAUUACUGGGUCUGAAAGUUGUUGGAGGGAAAAUGACUGACUUAGGACGCCUUGGUGCCUUCAUCACCAAAGUAAAGAAGGGUAGCCUUGCAGAUGUAGUUGGACACUUAAGAGCAGGGGAUGAAGUUCUAGAAUGGAAUGGUAAACCCCUGCCGGGAGCUACAAAUGAAGAAGUUUACAACAUUAUUUUAGAAUCAAAAUCAGAACCUCAAGUUGAAAUUAUUGUUUCAAGGCCUAUUGGUGACAUUCCACGGAUUCCUGAGAGCUCCCAUCCUCCACUGGAGUCCAGUUCAAGUUCCUUUGAAUCUCAGAAGAUGGAAAGGCCUUCUAUUUCUGUUAUUUCUCCAACAAGUCCUGGAGCUCUAAAAGAUGCCCCCCAAGUCUUGCCAGGACAACUUUCUGUGAAGUUGUGGUAUGAUAAGGUGGGACACCAGCUGAUUGUAAAUGUUCUUCAAGCAACAGAUUUACCGACUAGAGUAGAUGGGCGUCCCAGGAAUCCCUAUGUGAAAAUGUAUUUUCUUCCAGAUAGAAGUGAUAAAAGCAAAAGGAGGACCAAAACAGUAAAGAAAGUCCUAGAACCAAAAUGGAAUCAAACAUUUGUCUAUUCACAUGUACAUCGUAGAGAUUUUAGAGAACGGAUGUUAGAAAUAACUGUGUGGGAUCAACCAAGAGUACAAGAAGAAGAGAGUGAAUUUCUUGGAGAGAUCCUCAUAGAAUUGGAGACAGCACUUUUAGAUGAUGAGCCACACUGGUAUAAACUUCAGACACAUGAUGAAUCCUCACUACCUCUGCCUCAGCCAUCACCUUUCAUGCCAAGGCGACACAUUCAUGGAGAAAGCUCUAGCAAAAAACUACAAAGAUCUCAGCGAAUCAGUGAUAGUGACAUCUCAGAUUAUGAGGUUGAUGAUGGUAUUGGAGUAGUUCCUCCAGUAGGUUAUAGGUCUAGUGCUAGAGAAAGUAAAUCUACAACAUUAACUGUGCCAGAACAGCAAAGAACAACUCAUCACCGCUCACGUUCAGUAUCUCCUCACCGCGGCGAUGAUCAGGGAAGGCCGCGUUCACGUUUACCAAAUGUGCCAUUACAGAGGAGUUUAGAUGAAAUUCAUCCAACAAGAAGGUCACGUUCUCCAACUAGACACCAUGAUGCCUCCCGAAGUCCAGUUGAUCACAGAUCCAGAGAUGUGGAUAGUCAGUAUUUAUCAGAACAAGACAGUGAGCUUCUUAUGCUGCCCAGAGCAAAACGAGGACGAAGUGCAGAAUGCCUACAUACUACCAGUGAACUGCAGCCCUCCCUUGACAGGGCUAGGAGUGCUAGUACCAACUGCUUGAGACCAGAUACUAGUUUGCAUUCACCAGAACGAGAAAGGGGUAGAUGGUCCCCCUCCCUAGAUAGGAGACGACCUCCUAGCCCCAGGAUUCAAAUCCAGCAUGCAUCUCCGGAGAAUGACAGGCACUCCAGAAAGUCUGAGAGAUCUAGCAUCCAAAAACAGACUAGGAAAGGCACUGCCUCUGAUGCAGAAAGGGUUCUCCCACCAUGCCUUUCUAGAAGGGGAUACGCAGCCCUAAGAGCGACUGAUCAGCCAGUCCUUAGGGGAAAACAUCCCGCUCGCUCAAGGUCGAGUGAGCACUCUAGUGUCAGAACACUGUGUUCUACCCACCACCUUGCCCCCGGAGGGUCGGCGCCACCUUCUCCGCUUCUGACAAGAAUGCACAGACAAGCAAGUCCAACCCAUCCUCCUCCUGCAGACACAUCCUUCAGCAAUCGGAGGGGACGACAGCUCCCACAGGUGCCAGUGAGAAGCGGCAGUAUAGAACAAGCAAGCUUAGUAGUGGAGGAGCGAACAAGACAGAUGAAAAUGAAAGUGCAUCGAUUUAAGCAGACAACAGGGUCUGGUUCUAGUCAAGAACUUGAUCGCGAGCAAUAUUCCAAGUAUAACAUACAUAAAGAUCAGUACAGAAGCUGUGAUAACGUCUCUGCCAAAUCAUCAGAUAGUGAUGUCAGUGAUGUGUCCGCCAUUUCCCGAACCAGCAGUGCCUCACGCCUCAGCAGCACAAGCUUUAUGUCAGAGCAAUCUGAGCACCCCAGGGGUAGAAUCAGUUCAUUUACCCCUAAAAUGCAAGGCAGACGGAUGGGGACUUCAGGAAGAGCCAUUACGAAGAGCACCAGUGUGAGUGGGGAGAUGUACACACUGGAGCAUAAUGACGGCAGUCAGUCCGACACGGCUGUGGGUACAGUUGGAGCAGGUGGAAAGAAAAGGAGAUCCAGCCUGAGUGCCAAAGUGGUUGCCAUAGUGUCUAGAAGGAGUAGAAGCACAUCCCAACUAAGCCAAACAGAGUCAGGCCACAAGAAGUUAAAAAGUACCAUCCAGAGAAGCACAGAAACAGGAAUGGCAGCCGAAAUGAGGAAGAUGGUAAGGCAACCAAGUCGAGAGUCUACUGACGGCAGCAUCAACAGUUACAGCUCCGAGGGAAACUUAAUAUUUCCUGGAGUCCGACUAGGAGCAGACAGUCAAUUCAGUGAUUUUCUUGAUGGACUGGGACCAGCUCAGCUUGUUGGCCGCCAAACCCUUGCCACCCCUGCAAUGGGUGACAUACAAAUUGGAAUGGAGGAUAAAAAAGGUCAAUUAGAAGUCGAAGUUAUUAGAGCACGAAGUCUCACACAAAAACCUGGUUCCAAGUCUACACCCGCUCCAUACGUCAAAGUGUAUCUUUUGGAAAACGGGGCCUGUAUAGCCAAGAAGAAGACAAGAAUUGCACGAAAAACCCUUGAUCCUUUGUAUCAGCAGUCCCUGGUGUUUGACGAAAGCCCACAGGGUAAAGUUCUUCAGGUGAUUGUGUGGGGGGACUAUGGCAGAAUGGACCAUAAAUGCUUUAUGGGUGUGGCUCAGAUCUUGUUGGAAGAACUCGAUCUAUCCAGUAUGGUAAUCGGAUGGUACAAGUUAUUCCCACCAUCAUCCCUAGUGGAUCCCACACUCACUCCCCUAACCCGCCGGGCUUCCCAGUCAUCUCUGGAAAGUUCAACUGGGCCUCCCUGCAUCCGCUCAUAGUGAACUCAUACCAGAGUCAUUCCAGUGAAACUCUACCUUUCAGGAUAAUAAUCUGAACCAGAUAUUUCAUGAUCAAAAGCAUUGUUGGAGACAGACAAUCAACUUGUGUUUUGCCUGUAGUAGUUUUUCAAUAAUAUGUCCCACUUGUUGUUUAAAACCUGGCUUCAUAUGACAGAACAAGGCAGUUUAUCAAAUUACAGUAAGAGUCAACAUGCUAGUGAGAGUCACUGAUGCUUCUGACAAACAGAAAAAGAGGAAACUUCAAAUCCACACAAACACACACACACACACACACAUACACACACAGGCAUGCACACACCCCAAAUUGAACAAACUGGAAACUCUCACUCUGAAAAGUUGUAUUUUACACAUUUCUGCACAAACCACAAGCAGUGUUAUUUCCCUGGUGUUUGAAAAGUUGUGUUCUUCUGUGUGUUUUUGUGUGUGUGUGUUAUUUGAUGGGUUUUGGUUUCUUGAUUUGUUUUAUUUUUCACUGUAUUUGUUAUUUCCACUAUUUUUGGAUAUGUCAUGACAGGCCUCAUGAUGCUUACAAAGACCCUUCCUUUCUUUUCCCAAAAGCACCAAAAAAGGGCUGAAACAGUCUCUGUGGCAUCUCCCCAAAGUGUGCAACUACCAGGCAAGAUGAGGCCAAUGAAGGGUUUCACUGGCUUUCAUUUUAUAAUCCUUCAGUCUUAUGUGCGGAAACCCAGAAAACAAAAAGUUAUCUUCUGGAACAAAUAAUCACAGAAUCACUUUUUUUAAAUGAAAAAUAAUCUGUUUGUGUUCUAAAAAGUUAAUUUAUUUUUUCCAUUGUUUUUCAUGGAAGACUUUUAAAGAAGUCAAUCUGCAACUAAUGCUGGGAACUAAAACUAACCGCAUAAUUGUACUUUGGAAACACUCCUUGUAAUAACUUUUUCUUCCUGAUAUCUCCCCAUAAAAGUAUAUGCUCGUGUGUAUAAACCAUACUUUUGACUUCCCAAAAUGGUGACUAGAAACAGAUUUGAGCCUAAGACACUUUCAGCUAUGCCCAGGCUUCUCGGCCAUGUCUCAGUGUAGACACACCCAUCUGCCCUGGAAAGAGCAUGGUAUGAGCUGUCCAGUAUUGCACUGGAAAUUCCAGCUGAAAUAUUCUGCACUAAAGUAAUGUUUUUAUCCAAUUUUAAUUUACAUUUCUUUGAGAUUGAUGCAAGCACAAAGCUUGACUUUUUAAUGCAAAGUAUCUUACUUUGGGGGGUGGGGAAUAAAACAAAGUCAACUUUCAACUUGCAUUUUCUUCAUCUGAGUUUUUCUUGGCCUUGAAUUUCCCUUGUGACAUUCUGUAUACGUGCUACAAAGUGCAGACUCUGCGAGUGCACUGAUAUGUUCUCCCUCCUUUUAUGAGUCACUCAAUUUUUGUGAUCACACAAAUAGAGCAGCAUGACUUGGAACUGUUCAAAGCUGCAUGCACGUUUUGUUAAAAAAAAAAGUAAAAAAGAAAAGAAAAAAUGAAAAAAACCACAAAAGGUUAUUUAAUAAUGUAUGUUAGUUCCACCUUAGGCCAGCUUGUAUGUUGCAUGUACUUGUACAGUUUGCUCGUUAAUUACUAUACUGAAAUAACCAAGAAAUCUAAGCCAUCCAUUUUUGUUAUAGACAUUUUGCAGGUUUUAGCCAGACUCCGUCUAUGAGUUUGGGGUGAAAUGUCUAUAGAUGGACUUUAUUUUUUACCCUCCGGAAAACGUGAUGUAGUAUGGACCAAAUUCCUUCUAAUUAAUAUUUUGGUGUAGAUUCCUACCGUGGGGCUGUACCACAUGUAGACACUGUGUACACACUAGGUUUUAAUCCAUAGACAUACUGCCUGCACCAAGUGAAUUAUUUAUUAUUAUUUACACAUGCCAGAAUUACCUGCCCAUCAUUCCACAGGGCACAGAUUGACCACUACUCACCAUGCUGAGCAGGAAGAACUGAAGCAUUGGUGCACUUCUACUAGAUUCCGUUCUGUCUUAGUGGCCAACAAUCAACUAAUUAUAAUUGGGUAGUAUCUUUCUAUUUUGACCACUUGUCUUAACACUCCCCUGUGCUUUUAAAAUGAACAACUCAUGUAUGUAAACAUGUUUAAUAAAAUUUACUUUUCAUGUCA